UGUUCGUAUCUCAAUCGCAAUGUAGUUUCAAACACAAUCUUUCAAAGUUUGACUGGGGAAUUGAGGUGAGGAUGCAAACAGUGCCACUGCCGUUUGGAAAAAGGAAGAGAAAAAAACACGUUAUAAAAAUAUAUCAACCUGGGAUUUGUUCCGAGACAAAUGGUCUUCGUUCAAGAUAAACAUUGAAUAAUAAUGGUGGAGAUAGUUGAGUAAAAUCUAUAAAUUUCAGCGAUUAAAAGGAUAAUGUAUUCAAUCGAUUUAGAUUUUUGUCGCUUGGAUUAGUUCUGCAGCCUUCUCAGUCAUGCAGUUAGAAUUCCGAAAAUUGAUGUUUGGAAUUGUAACACUGCUGGUUAUAUUUCUGAUAAUUGCUGAAGUCCAGGAAGAAAUUGGGAAUAUUGGAGGUUCCAGAACAUUGUACUUGCACAGCCUCAUCCCCAAGCCCAACAGAAAUGUAGCAGUGAAAGCCAAUCCUACACCUUUAGGCAAUGAAGGGGAGGAAAAGAGUCCUGAUUCUCCUUCAGGCUUGAAGAAUGCCACCAGGCUCUCUUCAGAUAACUGGACCUUCAACAGAACCCUCUCCAGCCUCAUCAGGAAGAACAUCCUGGGGUUCUUUGACCCAGAGAGGGACAUCUCUAUUCUGAAGGGCACAUUGAAACCUGGAGAUGUCAUCCACUACGUCUUUGACCGUCAGAGCACUACCAACAUCUCAGAGAACCUGUACCGGUUGCUACCCACAGCAUCCCCCAUGAAGAACCAGUACCACAGAAGCUGUGCCAUCGUAGGGAACUCUGGGAUCCUACUCAAUAGCAGCUGUGGGCCAGAGAUAGACUCCCAUGACUUUGUAAUCAGAUGUAACCUGGCGCCAGUGGAGGAGUAUGCUGGGGAUGUGGGGCGGCGCACCAACCUGGUGACCAUGAACCCAUCGGUGGUGCAGCGGGCCUUCCAUGACCUGGCCAGUGAGCAGUGGAGGGAGCGCUUCCUGCAGCGGCUCCGGGGCCUCAGCGGCAGCGUGCUGUGGAUCCCAGCCUUCAUGGCCAAGGGAGGAGAGGAGAGGGUGGAGUGGGCAAUCCGUCUCAUCCUGCUGCACACCGUGGAUGUGCACACCGCCUUCCCCUCACUGCGCCUUCUCCAUGCUGUCAGAGGGUAUUGGCUGACUAACAAUGUCCAGAUCAAGAGACCCACUACUGGUCUGCUGAUGUACACCAUGGCCACUCGCUUCUGUGAGGAGAUCCAUCUGUAUGGCUUCUGGCCUUUCCCUCGGGAUUCACAGGGGAAACCAGUCAAGUACCAUUACUAUGACACUCUGACCUACGAGUACACAUCCCAUGCCAGUCCACACACUAUGCCAUUGGAGUUCAGGACACUGAGUUCACUCCACAGACAGGGGGCGCUGCGACUCAACACUGGCUCUUGUGAUGCAGGAAUGUAAUCUAAAAAUGCAGCAUGGAAUGUACACUGAGUAUACCAAACAUUUCGAUCACCUUCCUAAUAUUGAGUCGCCCCCCCACACACACACUUCUGCCCUCAGAACUGCCUAAAUUCGUCCGGACAUGGACUCUACAAGGUGUCAAAAGCGUUCCACAGGGAUACUGGCCCAUGUUGACUGGGCCAGUAUUGACUGUUGAGUGUGAAAAACCCAGCAGGGUUGCAGUUCUUGACAUAAACCGGUGCACCUGGCACCUACUACCAUACCCUGUUCAAAGGCACUCUCUGACUGGCACACAUACACAAUCCGUUGCUCAAUUGUCUCAAGGCUUAUAAAUCCUUCAUUAACCUGUGUCCUCCCCUUCAUCUAUACUUAUUGAAGUGGAUUUACCAAGUGACAUCAAUAAGGGAUCAUAGCUUUCACCUGGAUUCACCUGGUCAGUCUAUGUCAUGAAAAGAGCAGGUGUUCUUAAUGUUUUGUACACUCAGUGUAGAUCGCCAUCAAAAUGACCGAUACACUUUUGGGAAAAGACCUCUUUCUGAGUUGAUGUCUAUCAGACACAGACAUCUCAAAGGAAAUAGUUUCAUUGUAUGAAACUGUUACAGGACACUUUUAUGAAGCUAUGAAUUGAGUUCCAUGACAGUAUGUAGGAUCAUGCAUGUCUAAUUUGGGCUCAUAUUGUUGCCCUACAAGAGACAUGAGCAGUGAAUAAUUUUGAAAACAUGUUUACAGUAACCUGUGAAAAUGAUCUAAAACAGAAACAUGUUGCUUUGUUCAUUGUUAAAUCAAACUAAUUGGUGUUGGUAGGCAAAUUGCUUCUUUGUCAAUGAGAAGACUGAAAAUGUUAUUGCAUUUACAUGGCAAGUGUGUCAUCUAAAAUGAAUGUAAUUAAAACGUUUAUAAAUACUUCCUCCAAGGGCAAUGUGAAUGUGAAUUGAACUACUAAGUUAUCAAUAAUCAAUUUUGGUCAUUAUUCCUUUGAAUUAUACAAUAAAUCUACUUCACCAGUA